AAUAUUUUCUUCAAAAUUUAUUUUAGUAUAAAAUGGAGUACGACGAUUGAUACUGGUGUAGUGUAACAAUUGCAGUUGUAGUAACAACAUUAAAUAUCUAAAAUGGCAUUCAAAUUCAUCGUUGUUCUUGCUUUGGCUUCAGUAGCUAGUGCCGGUCAUUUGACUGUUGCCCCAGCUUAUGCUCAUGGAGGUUAUGCUCACGGUGCUUAUGCUGUCGCCGCUCCAGCACCUGCUUACGUGAAAACUAUUGCUGCUGCUCCAGCUGUCCUUAAAACUGUUGAAUAUGAAGCCCCAGCCCAAUACGAUUUCUCUUAUGGAGUAAGUGAUCCACUUACAGGAGAUCAUAAGAGCCAAGCUGAAUCUCGUCAUGGGGAUAAUGUUCAUGGAUCUUACAGCCUAAUCGACUCUGAUGGAUUCAAACGUACUGUAGAAUACACUGCUGACGAACACAAUGGAUUCAACGCCGUUGUCCGUCGUGAACCAUUGGCUCAUGCUGUUGCUGCUCCAGUGGCCAAGGUUGUUGCUCCAGUAGCUGCUGUUGCCCCAGUUGCUCAAUACGCUCCAGCUCACUAUACCGCUCAAUAUGCUCCAGCCCACUAUACCGCUCAAUAUGCUCCAGCCACUAAGGUAGUUUCUGCUGCUGCCCCAAUCCACUACGCUACUGCUCCGGUUGCUUAUGCUGCUCCAAUCGCCAAGUUCGCUGCUCCUGUUUUGGCCUCUGCUCACUACGCUCCAUCUGUUGUUGCCAAUGCUGCUCAUUAUGCACCAGCCACCUACACCUCAUACGGUGCACAUGCAGUUCAUGCCUACCACCAUUAGAUCCUGCAGAUUAAUAUUUUAACUGAUCAUAUCUUUGUAAAUUUUUAUUUGUUUGGAAAAUAGAACAAUCCAUGAUACAUUA